CUGAUGUGAAUAAAUGAAUCAAAUGUUUGCCAAAAAUAUUUAAAGGCUGUUUCAGUUGGUUCAUGUGUGUGUUUAGAAAAAAAGCGAAAUUUGACAAACAGCUAUUGUGCAGAAUUGUUGAAAAGUUGUUAGUAUCGAGGUAAGCAAGAUGAACCGGCUAGCAAGGGUAAAGCAAGUGUUUCAAACGUUUAAGAAACAUAAUGCAGGAACUGCUAGUGCUGGACCAAAUGUCCCACCAGUCCGAGAGGAAAAAGCCGAGAAAAAAGUGGAAUCAGAGGGACCGAAAAAUCGCGUCAAAGACGUCCUCGACGUUUCUUUCAACAACGCCGAAGCGGCGUACAGAAGCAAGACUACUUGGGAGGUAUUCCGAGCUUUGAUCGUCUACACGAUGUGUUCGUUCAACUACCUCGUGGAGAACAAUAUGGGGAUAAUGAAAGCGACUCAAAAAAUAUUCGGAGAAAAAAUAUUCAUUCUAAUUAUGAAAGCGACUUUUUACGGACAUUUCGUGGCCGGUGAAGAUCAGCAUAAAAUAACUCCGGUUUUGAAGCGUUUGCGAUCGUUCGGUGUGAAGCCCAUUUUGGACUAUUCGGUGGAAGAGGAUUUGAGCAGGGAAGAGGCCGAGAAGCGCGAAGCGGAUUCCAACCUAACCGAGAUAAAGAUGAAACCCGAAGACGCGUUGGGCGAGAUGCCGCAAUACGCCGUGAACAAGACUUUUUUGGAUCGCCGUUAUAAAGUACAAAGCGCCCGGACCUACUUUUACUUGAAUGAAGCCACUUGUGAGAAAAACGUCGAAAUAUUUAUUGACUGCCUUCAGGCCGUAGCAGGUGCCACAUACGGCACUGGUAUAACUGCUAUAAAACUGACCGCUUUGGGACGACCUCAACUGCUGCUGCUCAUUUCACAGGUGAUAAUGAGGGCGAGGCAGUUCGUCAGCGAAGUGCACAAAGGACAGGGCAACGUGAUCGGUCAUCAUCUCUCGGUCGAUGAAUUGUCAAAAAGGCUCGAAAAAGCGGGAAUCAAAGACUCAAAGAAAUUCCUUGAAAACGUGGUCCGCGACAGCGAAGGGGUGAUACAUUUAUUCCCGUGGAGUGGGAUAAUAGAUGAAAAUUUCCAGCUGAGCGAAACUUUUAUGGUCCCGAGUCUUAAGGACGGUAGGAUGGUCAAGUUGAUUUCCCAAUUGCCGAAAGCUGAAGAAGAAAUGUUUCGUAAUAUGAUAAGAAGAGUGAACACGCUAGUGAAGACAGCGAAAGAAUUGGACGUGCGCAUCAUGAUCGACGCGGAACAGACCUAUUUCCAGCCCGCAAUAUCCAGAAUCACUUUGGAAAUGAUGAACAAGUACAACAGGGACAAAGCGAUCGUUUUCAACACGUAUCAAUGCUAUCUCAGAGAAGCUAUAAACGAAGUUUCCAUGGACUUGGAGCAGGCACACAGGCAGAAGUUCUACUUCGGCUGCAAGCUCGUCCGUGGUGCUUACAUGGACCAAGAAAGGGCGAGGGCGUCGGCCAUGGGCUACGCGGACCCAAUCAAUCCUAAUUUCGAGGCGACAACAGAAAUGUACCACAAAACUCUAAGUGAGUGUCUGAGGAGGAUCCAGAAGCUUAAAGACGAAGGGAAAUCUCUCGGCCACAUAGGGAUUAUGGUGGCGUCUCACAACGAAGACACGAUCCGUUUCGCCCUUCAGAAAAUGAGCGAAAUGAACAUCCCACCGGAAUCGAAAGUGAUAUGUUUCGGCCAACUGUUGGGUAUGUGCGAUUACAUAACUUUUCCUUUGGGCCAGUCUGGCUAUUCCGCUUACAAAUAUAUCCCGUACGGCCCUGUCAAAGAAGUGCUGCCCUAUCUGAGCAGGAGGGCUCAGGAGAACAAGGGCAUUUUGAAAAAAGUAAAAAAAGAAAAACAACUCAUUCGAAAAGAACUCCUCAGAAGAUUAAUGAAAGGGGAUAUAUUUUACAAACCUAAAGGGUCUUAUAGCCCGGUAUGAUGAGGAAAAAUAUAAGAUUUUUUGAUUUCUUUCCAAUUCUUUCCAAAUAAUUUGAUAAAUUAUAAAACUCUAAACAUGUACUCCAAAAAAAUUAGUAAA